UUCCACCAUGCCAACGUCCUCAUCUCCCUCCCUCACAUGCACCAACAUCAACCUCUUCAAACCAUGCAAAAAGUUCCUCAUCAAACUCUUCAAAAAACCCAUCUCCAUAAAAUCCUUCAGGUUCCGAACCCUCCGAAAGCUCGCCCGCAAAAUGAGCCCGAACCGCAGCAGGCGGUGCAGGUUCCGGUCGGUCGGAGCCGUGUUCUGGCGGCUGGUCUCCAUGCGGUCGGCCGAGGCGAUCGAUCGCGUCGGGGAGCUCCCGAGCCUCACCGACCGCGUCCAGGCGCCACUGUCGUCGCCCGUCACCCCCGCCUACGCCAAAAUUGCGCAGCUGCGGAGGGAGGAGAGUGUCGAGAGGCGCGACGACGAGGCCGAGGAGGCGUGCCGGAGCUUCGAGAGCUAUUUGAGGGAGAUGCUUGUGGAGGAGGGGAGGGUGAGGGAUUUGAUGGAUGUUGAGGAGCUUCUCUAUUGCUGGGAGAGCCUCAAGUGCCCUGCGUUUGUUGAGUUGGUGUGUAGGUUUUAUGGGGAGCUUUGUAAGGAUUUGUUCUCCAACAAUGAGGGUGGGGUUGUUGUUGAUCAAGAAUCUGUUUCUACAUAGCGUUUCUUUUUCUUUCUUUCUUUCUUUUAAUAAGAAUGUUUGCUUUUCAUUAAU